AUGGACUUGCGUCGAAUCGCAACUAUUAUUGGUACAGCAAACAGUUAUUCCAUCUUGAAAUGGCUGUCAAUUUUAACUAGUCUUCUCAUAACGAUUUUAGCUUUCCUUCUAUUAGUAAGUUUUAAUUCGGAUAGUUUAUUUAAAUAUGAUGCAGUUCAUCUGGACGAUAUAAUACCAACAUCAAAUUUGUCAGUUCAACAUUCUCAAAUAAUUGCAGAAGGUUCAAUUGGUAUAUGGUAUUCUUGUGUUAAAUUGGAACCGAGUUCCGUUACUGUAUGCGAUCCAUGGACACAGACAACUCGACCUCAUCAUUUUCAAACGAUCAUGAUACUAUAUACGUUUGCAUUAUAUUUUGCCAAUCUAAUAAUUUUUCCAUCCUGGGUAUUAUUUAUACUUUUAGUUUACAAUACAAAUAAUUGCUAUUUACGAUACAUUGUCGGUUUGAUUUGGGCUUCAUGCUUAUUUACUCUUAUUCUCUUGUGUAUUCUUGUAUCGAUAUUAGACCUUAUUAGAUUAACAAAAUUUUAUACACCAGGAAGAUUUUUUGAGGGAACAGAAUUUCUCUCGUUUCGUUCCGGUCGAGCCAUGGAUUAUUUAAUGAGUGCCACAAUAAUAUCCGCCAUUUGUUUUGUACUGAGCAUUAUAACAUUCGCAGGCAAAUUAUUUAUUGACAGGGAAGUAGCCGAAUCAGAACGAGAACUACUAAAACAAAUAUCUGAUGAAAAUUCUCCAACAGCUUGGCAAAAGCCGACUAUGAUACCGCGUACCAGAACAUCAUCGGAUGAUCAUUCUGAAGAACCACCACCAUAUGAAUAUUCUAAUUAA